AUGGGGGUAACAAAUUGGGUUACCGAGCGCCAGAUGGAGGUGGACGAGUCGCAGAACCAGCGGGAUAAACGGGUCGAGGACCUCUGGAGGCAAUUGGACCCCCAGGGGACGGGACAUUUGGACUUUAAGGGGUUGCAGAAGGGGUUGAAGAAGAUUGAUCACCCUAUGAAAAAUGCGGAAGAUAUGUUGCGGAGGAUCAUGACCGUCGUCGACACGAACGAUGACGGUGUGAUUCAGUAUGAAGAGUUCCGUUACUUUGUCGAGCAGACAGAGAGGCAACUCAUGCUUCUUUUCCAGUCUAUAGACAAGGACCAUGAUGGGAGACUUGACAAGACUGAACUACAGGAGGCCUUCCGACGAGCUGGGCUGGUUGUGCCGAUGCGCAAGCUCAGCUCCUUUUUUGGCGAUAUCGACAUGAACAACGAUGGCUAUAUAAGCUUUGAAGAAUGGCGCCCAAGCCGCAAAGCGAGGUGUUGA